AUGGAGAAUCUGGAGCAGCAUGAUCUAUUAUUGGCUACACAACCUUCAAACUCGGUAAGAGAAUACUCAGACCCAAUCCCAUGUGAUAUCCUUAUAGAUAUAUUCUCUCGAGUCCCUGGAUGGUCAAUAGCUAGGUUUCGUUGCGUAUCUAAAUACUGGGGAUCCAUACUUCGCCGUCCUGAUUUCACUGAGCUGUUCCUCACCAAGUCUUUAGCUCGUCCACGGAUCUUGUUCGCCAUGGAAGUUGGUAAAGAGUUGUUAUUCUUCUCUUCACCUCAACCUCAAAAUCCAGCUGACAACUCCACUCUUUUAGCCACCCGUUACAAGCGUUUUCCCAAAAAAAUUCCAUAUGGCAUCACACCACCUCUCUAUGGAUUAUUACUUCUUCGUGGAGACGCACUGGUGUGUAACCCCUUCACCGGAGAGUCCAUAACCUUACCCGAAAUGAAGACGAGGACCUAUAUCGACAGAAGUUUUUUUGGCUAUGAUCCAAUCAACAAACAAUUCAAAGUGCUGUGUAAAACUUAUGGAUCACAUGAUAGUCAUUGCGUUUUGACAUUGGGGAGUAGUGGAAAAGAUUCGUGGAGAUAUAUUCAAUCCAAUCCCCACUAUUCUUUAUAUGGUAGAACACGCAUAAAUGGUGAAAUAUGCAUAAAUGGUCUUUUGUAUUAUGAAGCUCAAGUUGAAGAAUCUAAAUGUAUAAUAGUUUCCUUUGAUUUAAGCUCUGAGAAGUUCGGCUAUAUUAAGAUAGAUCAAGAAAUACUAGGUGGGACUCUGAUCAACUACAAAGGUAACUUAGGGGCACUAGUAAGACAUGAGAAUGAAUUUGUGCUGUGGGUUCUAGAAGAAGAUGCUGGAAACCAUAAGUGGUGCAAACGAAUAAGCGUACCGUUAAGCUUAUUGGACGAGAACGGGAAUUAUCUUCACUUUGUUGGAAUGGCCGGAGCAGGUGAAAUUGUGUUUUUGCCACACCGUGCUAGAAGCCAAUUCUUCUACAUUGUCUACUACAAUAUCGAGAGGAAGACAUUUACAAGAGUCAUUAUUCAAGGAUUUGAAGAGCUUAAGGAUCCAUUUAUCACUCCUCGCAUCUUUCUAGACUAUGUUGAGAAUAUGAGGCUUUUGUAA